AUGUUGCAUGAUGAGUGUAAAUGGUUCAUGCUUUUCCAACCUCCAUGGACACCAAUACAAGAUUAUACAGAUUACUACUUUGUUACUGGAAAAGAGGGAACUGUAGCUACAUUGGAUUGUAUGCAAGAAUAUGUUGGAAACAUCAAUCCAUACAUUGUGGUGGAUGAAGUCAGAUAUACAUUUGAGAAUUGUCAACAUUAUGACAUAUAUGGUGUGAAGAACUUAUGUGAUAAUGAGACGACUAUUUCCUUCUUAAUUACUAAUGAAAAUGUGGGAAGUUCUUGUGGAACUGGUGGAGAUGCUGGGUUAUACAUACGCUACCACUGUGUCCGAGAUGGGGGCUGGUCAUCUUGGAGCUCUUAUGGUGGAUGUUCUAGAAGUUGUGGUGGUGGGUACCAGACAAGGACACGGACUUGUACUAACCCUCCACCAAACUACUACAGCAAGAAUCAAGCUUGUAUGAAUGAUAGGGAUUAUCAGACCCAAAGAUGCAACACAGGAACAUGUCCACACUCUGGAAGUGUUUGCAGAAAUGACUAUUUUCAACCAACUUGUUAUAAUCACAACACCAAAGGGAAGAUUGCUAUCACAUCAGCAACCUGGAGGGAUGGAUGUAGCUGGGACUACAGAGAUGUAUCCCAUAAUGUUGCUGGGACUAUUGGAAGCAGCUGUAAUAAUCAUUACUACUGCUCUGUUGGGGUGGAUGAUAGUUUACAAUCCUGCUACACCAGCUAUUACUACACUGCAUAUUACACUCAAUCAUAUCAAACAAGAUGGUGUCUCUUUGGUAUUUUUGGAGGUUUCAUCUGUGGAAAUUACUACACUGCCUACAGACAGGUCGCAUAUACUGCAUGGUACAGACAAAUUUGUGGUGUAUUAAACUAUGGAUACACAUGUACAAUUCCUCAGUGGACGUUAUGGAGUGAGUGGGAUGGAUGUACUGUAUCCUGUGGCAGAGGGACCCAGUCUAGAACCAGAUCAUGUGAAAAUGAACAUACAACAAGUGAUGGUCAUACUAAUCUUUGUGGACAAAGUGGUUCAGAAGUACAGACAUCAGAAACCAGAGAGUGUUUGCUGGCAGGCUCUAUACCCUAUUGUGCUUACUGUGAUACUGGAACUACCCACAAGUACACCAGCAUAGACUCUAUGACAUAUAGCAGAGAUACAACAUCAGGUAAAACAGAUAUUGAAAUAGAUGAUUAA